CUCUUCGGCCGCCUGCCCGGCAUGAAGACCAAGUUCUGCACCGGGGGCGAGGCGGAACCCUCGCCGCUCGGGCUGCUGUUGAGCUGCGGCAGCGGCAGCGCGGCCCCGGCGCCUGGCGUGGGACAGCAGCGCGACGCCGCCAGCGACCUAGAGCCCAAGCAGCUGGGCGGCCCGCAGCCGCCGCUCGCGUUGCCGCCGCCGCCGCCGCUGCCCCCGCCCCCGCCGCCGGCGGCCGACGAGCAGCCCGAGCCCCGCACGCGGCGCAGGGCUUAUCUGUGGUGCAGGGAGUUCCUGCCCGGCGCCUGGCGGGGCCUCCGCGAGGACCAGUUCCACAUCAGUGUCAUCAGAGGUGGCCUCAGUAACAUGCUGUUCCAGUGCUCCUUGCCUGAUAACACAGCCACCAUUGGCGACGAACCUCGGAAAGUGCUCCUGCGGCUGUACGGGGCAAUUUUACAGAUGAGGUCCUGUAAUAAAGAGGGAUCCGAACAAGCUCAGAAAGAAAACGAAUUUCAAGGGGCUGAGGCCAUGGUUCUGGAGAGCGUUAUGUUUGCCAUUCUUGCAGAGAGGUCACUUGGGCCAAAACUCUAUGGCAUCUUUCCCCAAGGCCGACUGGAGCAGUUCAUUCCGAGCCGGCGAUUAGAUACUGAAGAACUAAGUUUGCCAGAUAUUUCUGCAGAAAUAGCUGAGAAAAUGGCGACAUUUCAUGGUAUGAAAAUGCCAUUCAAUAAGGAACCAAAAUGGCUUUUUGGCACAAUGGAAAAAUACCUAAAUCAGGUGCUGAGAAUUAAAUUUACUGGGGAAUCCAAAAUUAAACAGCUCCACAAAUUCCUUAGUUACAAUCUGCCUUUGGAACUGGAAAACCUGAGAUCACUGCUUGAAUCUACUCCAUCUCCAGUUGUAUUUUGUCAUAAUGACUGUCAAGAAGGUAAUAUCUUAUUGCUGGAAGGCCAAGAGAAUUCUGAAAAACAGAAACUGAUGCUCAUUGACUUCGAAUACAGCAGUUACAAUUACAGGGGCUUCGACAUUGGGAAUCAUUUCUGUGAAUGGAUGUAUGAUUAUAACUAUGAGAAGUACCCUUUUUUCAGAGCAAGCAUGCGGAAGUAUCCCACCAAGAAACAGCAGCUCCAUUUUAUUUCCAGUUACUUGGCUGCAUUCCAGAAUGACUUUGAAAACCUCAGUAGUGAAGAAAAAUCCAUUAUAAAAGAAGAAAUGUUACUUGAAAUCAAUAGGUUUGCCCUUGCGUCCCAUUUCUUCUGGGGACUUUGGUCCAUUGUACAGGCCAAGAUUUCGUCCAUUGAAUUUGGGUAUAUGGACUACGCCCAGGCGAGGUUUGAUGCCUAUUUUGACCAGAAGAGAAAGCUUGGGGUGUGACUGUGGGGACUCCAUCCACCUUGACACUGGACAGCACGGGGAGGUGGCCGAGCAGGGUCCCCUCUGUGCUUCGACUGCGCACCUGCGGCAGGAUGGCUCUGGAUGUCUCACUACUGAACACAGAUGUGUAUGAUACUAAAGACUGUAUUAAAAUGGAGUAACAUUUAUUUCA